AAUCCCAGAACAGUGAUUAUUUAUUUUAUUUUAGUCCUGGAAGGAAAACUCUGCGGAAGCCAGCCAGCCCAAUCACGACUCCUUUUCGCUAUCCCGGCUCUUAUUUUGAAAUCCGUAACCGGAAAUGUAAUAAUUGUGCCGUGUCUAACUUGACGUCCAACAGCAGCGCUCUGGUUCUGGAGGUGAAAGAAGUCGAGUCUCCUCAGUCUCCCGCCGGCGCCGCCUCCUCUCAGCUCCGCUCCGCUGCUGCUGCCGCCGCCGAGGACGAGACUCACAUAGCGGAAACUUCUGCACGGGGACGCUGGAAGGGCAAAGAGAGGAGACUACACCCACCGUUGCUGCUGAGCCCCUCGGGAGACCCGUCUAGGCCCUUUCCACUCCUAUGAGGACUAGUCCAGGACUGACCCACACACUGUAGAGGCUGCUAUGUCCGUCUGAACCCUUGGCUCCCCCUGCAGCCAUGGUCCCCCGGAGCGCUGAGCUGUCCCACUGCUAGGCGACGGGGCAUCCGAGAGGGCAGGAGACAUGUUGGGACAGAGGCCCGGAAACCACUGCACUGAAUUCAGUUACUAUAGCGACUACUGUAGUAACCAUGGAAACGCUACGGAGGACUGGUCUGGUCUGCACUGUCAUCGCCGUCAUGGUUGCCACCGAGGUCGCAGGAGGUCACAGGGAUGAGUUCGGUCAAUCUCAAGCCGCCUUCCUGUCAAGUCUAGGCCAGUAUGAGAUCGCCAUCCCAGUUCGUGUUGGACCUCAUGGCGAGACGUUGGACGCAGAAACGCCUCAACACCAACGAAGAAGACGGCGCAGCACUGAAGACAGGCCGCCCGACUCUCUCUUCUACCAGCUGUCCACAUCGCGUAACAACUUCCUGCUGAACCUGACGCUGCAGGGAGGCCUGCUGUCCCGGCAGUUCAGGGUCGAAUACUGGAAGAGGGGUAGAUUAGCCUGGAGUCACCCUUACUCUCCCCACUGCCACUACAUGGGACACCUCCAAGACCAGCCCCACUCCAGCAAAGUGGCCCUGAGCAACUGUAACGGCCUGCAGGGGGUGAUUGUUGCAGGGGGAGAGGAGUACCUGAUUGAACCCCUUGUCUCAUCAGAUAACCAGACCAGGACGGAGAGGGGCGAGAGAGCAGAGGGGCGCCCCCAUGUGGUUUACAAACGGUCAUCGCUUCGCCAUCAGUACAAGGGCCUAUCCUGUGGAGUCAUUGAUGAAAAGCCGAUGAAGGGCGCGUCGUGGUGGCAGCGGACACUGAAGACGCCUCCCCACCACGUCGGCCGCGGCCAGCUACCUCUGAAGCGCUCAGUCAGCCGGGAGCGCUACGUGGAGACGCUGGUGGUAGCCGACAAGAUGAUGGUGGGUUACCAUGGUCGCAGAGACAUCGAGCAGUACAUCCUGGCCGUCAUGAAUAUUGUUGCCAAACUGUUCCAGGAUUCUAGCCUGGGGAAUGCAGUCAACAUUGUGGUGACACGGCUCAUCCUGCUCAUGGAAGACCAGCCAACGUUAGAGAUCAACCACCAUGCAGGGAAGUCGUUAGACAGCUUCUGUAAGUGGCAGAAAACCAUCCAGCACCGGAGCAGCUAUGGGAACGCCAUACCUGACAACGGGAUCGCUCACCACGACACCGCUGUGCUCAUCACCAGGUACGACAUCUGCAUCCAAAAAAACAAGCCCUGUGAAACCCUAGGUCUGGCUCCUGUAGGAGGGAUGUGUGAGCCGGAGAGGAGCUGCAGCAUCAAUGAGGACAUUGGCUUGGGAACAGCCUUUACUAUCGCCCAUGAGAUAGGACACACGUUUGGGAUGAACCACGACGGCAUGGGGAACGCCUGUGGCCCCCGCAGCCAGGACACCGCCAAGCUGAUGGCCGACCACAUUACUAUGAAGACAAACCCGUUCAUCUGGUCGGCCUGCAGCCGGGAUUACAUCACCAGCUUCCUGGACUCCGGUAUGGGCUCCUGUUUGAACAACGUCCCGCCCAAGCAGGAGUUUGUGUACCCCACCACCGCCCCAGGUCAGGCCUACGAUGCAGACGAACAGUGCCGCUUCCAGUACGGCAUCAGAUCUCGCCAGUGUAAAUAUGCGGAAGUCUGCAGUGAACUGUGGUGCAUGAGUAAGAGCAACCGUUGCAUCACCAGCAGCAUUCCCGCCGCCGAGGGAACCAUCUGUCAGACCAACACAAUAGAGAAAGGAUGGUGCUACAAGAGGGUGUGUGUGGCGUACGGGACUCGUCCGGAGGGCGUGGACGGAGGCUGGGGGCUGUGGUCGCCGUGGGAGGAGUGCAGCAGGACGUGUGGAGGGGGCGUCUCCUCCUCUGUCAGACACUGUGACAGCCCCAGGCCAACCAUUGGUGGAAAGUAUUGUCUCGGGGAGAGAAAGCGUUUCAGGUCCUGCAAUAUUGAUGAGUGCCCUGCAGGCUCUCGGGAUUUCAGGGAGAUUCAGUGCUCCGACUUUGACAUCGUUCCUUUCCGGGGGAAAUUUUACACCUGGAAGCCAUACAGAGGAGGUGGGGUGAAGGCCUGCUCUCUGAACUGCCUGGCAGAAGGUUACAACUUCUACACAGAGCGGGCUCCGGCCGUGGUGGACGGCACACCCUGCCGAGACGACUCCCUGGACGUGUGUGUAAAUGGGGAGUGUAAGCACGUAGGCUGCGAUCGCGUCCUCGGCUCGGACGUUCGUGAGGACCGCUGCCGGCUCUGUGGGGGUGAUGGCAGCAGCUGCAUGACUGCGGAGGGGCUCUUCAACGACUCGCUGCCCGAAGGAGGUUAUGAAGAAGUGGUCAGAAUCCCCAAAGGAUCCGUGUUCAUCCACAUUCAAGAGCUCAACAUCUCCCUCAAUUACCUUGUGCUGAAGAGUAAAGGUGACCAGUACUUUAUCAACGGGAAGCUGACCAUUGACACGCCGCGCAGGUUCGAAGUCGCCGGCACCACCUUCCACUACAGGCGGCCCACCGACGGGCCAGAAACGCUUGAAGCUCUGGGGCCAACAAACAUGACCCUUAUUGUCAUGGUGCUGGUGAGGGAGGAGAACCCAGGGAUCCACUAUCGUUUCAACCCCCCACUCAACAGGGAUCCUCUGAGCGGUUUUGCCUGGCACUACACCUCCUGGUCGCGCUGCUCGGCUCUCUGCGCUGGAGGUGUGCAGAUCCAGCAGGUGGUGUGCAGGAAGCAGUCGGAUCAUUCGGUCGUCUACAACCACUUCUGUGAAAAGAAGAACAAACCCAAAGAGAAGAGGAGAACCUGCAACACUGAGCCGUGCUCCCCGAGCUGGUGGACAGGAGAGUGGUCUGAGUGCAGUCGCAGCUGUAACAGCGGCCUGCGGUCUCGGGAGGUUUUAUGCAAAAGGAGGAUCUCUGUGACGGAGGAGAAAGUCCUGGAUGACUUCGCCUGCACCCCUCUGCGCCCCUCCCUCACUGAGCCCUGCAGCAACCACAGCUGCCCCCCCGAGUGGCUGGCCCUGGACUGGUCAGAGUGUACGCCCAGUUGUGGUCCUGGCUACAGGCACCGUGUGGUCUUGUGCAAGAGCGGGGAGAGCGGCGACACACUGCCAGAGUCUAAGUGCCCCAAGCAUGGCCGGCCCACCUCCAGGGUUCGCUGUAACCUGCAGCGAUGCCCCCCCCCUCAGUGGGUGACAGGUCCCUGGGGAGAGUGUUCUGCCAGGUGUGGGCUGGGUCAGGAGAUGCGUUCGGUUCAGUGUCUCACCCACACUGGCCAGCUUUCCAACGAGUGUCUGGACCAUCAGCGGCCAGCAGCCAUGCAACAGUGCAAGAGCAAAUGUGACCUCAGUCUGCCCAUCAGCACAGACAACCCCGAAGGCCGUAUGUCAGAGGAUCUCAGGAAGUCUUUGAACAAUACAGAGUGUAAAGAUGUGAACACUGUCGCCUACUGCCCCCUGGUGCUCAGGUUCAAGUUCUGCAGCCGGCCAUAUUUCAGACAAAUGUGCUGCAAGACCUGCCAGGGACACUGACACCACGGAACACACAGCGUCCGUCCCCGGGUGCUGUUCACACUCACACACAGUAAGCCGGAAACCCUCCCGCUGAGCCGUGCAAAGGCCAGCAGCCCUCGCGCCGCCUCUGUCCGAGGAGCGUGAGAUCUAACCGGGAUGCUUGUCAGACUCACCUGGUCACGUAUCUGGUCAGAUGGGAAACUUUUCCCAGCCAGAAUCCAGACCAAUACCGGACCAGAACCAGACGCCUCGCUGAGGCCGAGCCGGGCCAAGACAGCCUGAGCGGAGUUUUAUACAUUCCACUGGAGGCCAGGGCGAGGCAGAGAGAGCGAGAGAGAAACUUUCCUCCACCGUCUCUUUGGACGAACCCUCUCUCUCUCUGUCUCUCUAAAUCAUCCCUCUGUUGUAAUAUUUUGGUGCUACUCAUAUUUCACGUUGGCCACAGGACUUGGUUGCAGUACUCUCGAGUUCUGUCCUUCGCUUCAGUGGCCUCAUUCUCUUAGACCUGUUUGUUUACAGGUGACAUUUGUUUAGCUUUUAAAAGAAAAUCCACUUUGUAAAGAAAAUGAUUUCCCCCCCCCCAAAAAAAGGAAUAUGUUAUAUUAUGAAAUGUAAGAUUUUGUCUCUGUUUUAUCUGAUAGCCGUUACUUGUCUUCUGCAAAUUCUGCUUUGUUGUGUAUUAUCGUGUUCACCUGGUCCUCGCUGUUCUUCAGCCGACGCAUGGGCAGAGUUCGAUUUUGCACAAGUGUCAGCGGUCGGAGGACUUGAGCUCUUUAUGUUUGUUCUGAUGUGAUUGGCCUCAAUGUCUCCAUGGAAGCUAUAAAUGUCUUAGUGCGGUGAACUUGCCGUAGCCGUUUUGGUUAGUUAGUUAGUUAGUUAGUUAGUUAGUUAGUUUGCUUACAUGCUGUUACACUACCUUCAGUACUGUGAGCGGAGCCCGUGCUCACAUCACCAGGACAUUUUGGACAUUAUAGGAUGUUAUAUUGUGCUCUGACUGCGGACGGUGGCACAAAAGUCUUCGAAAAGGAUUUUUUAACACCUCGUCUCAGUGUCAUUAUCUGAAAAUCCCUCAACGCAUCGCUGUUGAUUUCUUUCUUUUUUUGUCAUGUUACCACUCAAUCGCCAGAGCUAGUAACUUUUAACCACGAGUGGAAAUUCAGAGCACAGUGAGACACAGCUCUGCCAGCAGGAACAGGCCCAGUGUGGAGGAGGAGUGCCGACCUCCGACCUCACGGGUUUCACAGAGAGUUGAAUAGUCUGAGAAUGGAUUCACACACAUCACAUUAAAUAUCUGAUUUCUUUGUGGCACAGGUCAGGUAUAUGCAUGCCUUCGUGAAAACAUCUUUCAGGCUGCUUGUGUUAAUGUCAAACUUGUAAUAACUGGAUUUUUGUUGUUGUUGUUGUUGCCACAAAAUUGACAUAUCAUCCUCUCUUAAGUUGAUAUGGUGAACUUGUUGGCAAACAGUUCACUACUUACACACCCAGCAUUUACAGAGCAACUUUUUCUUUCAUUUGAAGUCCGACUUUGUGUCCUGUGACCUGGUGAAAUGAAAUCUGUCUCUGUAGCGCCGCUGUGUCCACAACCCAGUAGCUAACUGUGUCUGCCUGCUGUUUGGUGCAGAGCAGGUAGUCUCCUGUUUUUCUUUCCUUAAAACGGCGGUUCGAGCACGGUGAAAACACUAAAGUUGAGGGCUCUGCAGUUUGAGAGGGAGCAGAAACGGUGUGAAGCCGACAUGAGCCGCAGUUUUGGGUGAUUGCUCUCCAUGGGUGUGACCCCCUUUCACAUUUUUUUUCACAUGGUCAUUCAUAUAAAUAUGUUGAUUAUUGCUGCUUUAAAGGACUCAUAUACUCAGCAUAGAGCUGGAUGCUGAAUUCUCAAAAAACAAAAAUCAAGACAGAACAGCAGUUAAUGUGCAGUUGUUUCUCCUCAAUGUGCAAACUUGGCCUUUCCUGUGUGAAUCCAAGUUACUUUUGGACACAGUGAUAUCAUUCUGUGACUAAUUAGGUGAAUAUUGUACAGGAAGGAUGACGUAAAGUUGUGUAGUACAUUUUACUGACACAUUUUUGAAGAUGCCGUCUCAGCUCUUUUCUCCAUCCUGCAGAGUGUUUUUUUAGAAAUACUGCGUCAGGCUUAUAUCAGACGUCAGGUCUGACGACACGUCCACUGUGCUCUGGAAUCUGCCGUGGCCGCAAAUGUUCACACUGAUGACCGCUGACAGAAAGCAGCUCCACUAAAUGCCACAUGAUUUGAUUGUGAAGAGAAGAAGCAUGUCUUUGUGGGGAUAAGCUACAAUGUUCGUUUUUCGUUUUUCUUUGGUGCUUUGGUUUCGGAUUGGUGCUAUUAGUUCACUGUUGUUGACAAUGUUUCUGUGUUAUAGUUUCUAACAGAUUAUUUAGAAAUCAGUUUGAGCCUUUUGUAAUAAAACCCAUCAGCAGAGCUGUCCUGAGGUGUGAGACUGCAGCUCUCCCCUCAUCCACCGGGGGGCACUCUUUGGGUUUAUACGCUCAUUUGUAUCACAAUUCACAAUCACAUGGUUUCUCCUAAAAUGCAAUCCACCAGACAGAUUGUGGGAUUGUGUUCUUGGGGUUCACUACACAAAAGGAUUUCCUAGUGCUCUUAAAAGUUUUCACUUGAUCAAACAUGAUCAAUACAAAUUUGGUUGAUUGAUUGGUUAUCAAACCAUGUCUAGUUUGGGCCAGCUGAGCUAAUCCAUCCACGCGGAGCACAGCAACAGAUAUUUAGAACAGUUAAGUUGUAUGCCAUCAGAGUGUACAGCCGCCCUGCUAUUAUUCAGGACCUAAAAUAGGUGGAAAUACUAUUUAUAACAUUUUCAGUUGCACAUACUGUCGGGACAUUAACCAUUUCAAAGGAUAAUUGCCAGAGAUCUUCAUUUUUCAGUGUUUUUGAAAGGCAUUCUUUUCUCUGUAUGUACCUGGGCCUGAAGCAAAGGUUCACACUGAGUGGUAAACCUGUUUUGUCCGAGUUAAAAAGAGGGACAGGGCCGGUUACUUUUGUUGUUCACAUGCUAAUUAUAACAUGACAUGUACUGUAUGUUGUUCGAUACUAUAGAUGAUGAAUCCAUUUGUUCCACAUGUACAUCUUUUUAAAAGGAAAUAUUAAAUUGACAUGAUGCCUUGUUGAUUUA